CGGGGCCGCGGGACGCCAUUCCCACAAUGCUCUGGGGCGUGCCGCCGCCGCCGCCGUCGCCGCCGCCUCCGCUGCCGCUAGUGGAAGAAGAUGGCGGAAGGCGGAGCGGCGGAUCUGGACAUCCAGCGGUCUGACAUCGCGACGCUGCUCAAAACCUCGCUCCGGAAAGGGGACACCUGGUACCUAGUUGAUAGUCGCUGGUUCAAACAGUGGAAAAAAUAUGUUGGCUUUGACAGUUGGGACAAAUACCAGAUGGGAGAUCAAAAUGUAUAUCCUGGACCCAUUGAUAACUCUGGACUUCUCAAAGAUGGUGAUGCCCAAUCACUUAAGGAGCAUCUUAUUGAUGAAUUGGAUUACAUACUGUUGCCAACUGAGGGCUGGAAUAAACUUGUCAGCUGGUAUACAUUGAUGGAAGGUCAGGAACCAAUAGCACGAAAGGUGGUUGAACAGGGUAUGUUUGUAAAGCACUGCAAAGUAGAAGUAUACCUCACAGAAUUGAAGCUCUGUGAAAAUGGAAACAUGAACAAUGUUGUUACUCGAAGAUUUAGCAAAGCUGACACAAUAGAUACAAUUGAAAAGGAAAUAAGAAAAAUCUUCAAUAUUCCAGAUGAAAAGGAGACCAGAUUGUGGAACAAAUACAUGAGCAAUACAUUUGAACCACUGAAUAAACCAGACAGCACCAUUCAGGAUGCUGGUUUAUACCAAGGACAGGUGUUAGUGAUAGAACAGAAAAAUGAAGACGGAACAUGGCCAAGGGGUCCUUCUACUCCUAAGUCCCCAGGUGCAUCCAAUUUUUCAACUUUACCAAAGAUCUCUCCUUCAUCUCUAUCAAAUAAUUAUAACAACAUCAACAACAGAAAUGUGAAAAACUCAAAUUAUUGUCUCCCAUCAUAUACUGCUUAUAAGAACUAUGAUUAUUCAGAACCUGGAAGAAACAAUGAACAGCCAGGCCUCUGUGGCCUAAGUAACUUGGGAAAUACGUGUUUCAUGAACUCAGCUAUUCAGUGUUUGAGCAACACACCUCCGCUUACUGAAUAUUUCCUCAAUGACAAGUAUCAAGAAGAAUUGAAUUUUGACAAUCCCUUAGGAAUGAGAGGUGAAAUAGCUAAAUCUUAUGCUGAAUUGAUCAAGCAAAUGUGGUCUGGAAAAUUUAGCUAUGUCACACCAAGAGCUUUUAAGACACAGGUAGGACGUUUUGCACCACAGUUCUCUGGAUACCAGCAGCAGGACUGUCAAGAACUAUUAGCUUUCCUGUUAGAUGGACUACAUGAGGAUUUGAAUAGAAUUAGGAAAAAACCAUAUAUACAAUUAAAAGAUGCUGAUGGAAGGGCAGAUAAGGUAGUUGCUGAAGAAGCCUGGGAAAACCAUUUAAAAAGAAAUGAUUCUAUCAUAGUAGAUAUAUUUCAUGGCCUUUUCAAAUCUACUCUAGUUUGUCCUAAGUGUGAUAAGAUUUCAGUAACAUUUGAUCCUUUUUGUUACUUGACACUUCCAUUGCCCAUGAAAAAAGAACGUACCUUGGAAGUUUAUUUAGUUAGAAUGGAUCCACUUACCAAACCUAUUCAGUACAAAGUGAUUGUCCCCAAAAUUGGAAACAUACUUGAUCUUUGUACAGCAUUGUCUGCUUUAUCAGGAGUACCUGCAGAUAAGAUGAUAGUUACUGAUAUAUACAAUCAUAGAUUUCACAGAAUAUUCACAACGGAUGAAAAUCUUAGUAGUAUUAUGGAGCGAGAUGAUAUUUAUGUGUUUGAAAUUAACAUUAAUAGAACAGAAGAUACAGAGCAUGUGAUUAUUCCUGUUUGCCUACGAGAAAAGUUUAGACACUCAAGUUACACCCACCAUACUGGAUCUUCACUUUUUGGUCAGCCUUUUCUUAUGGCUGUACCACGAAACAAUACUGAAGAUAAACUCUAUAAUCUCCUACUUUUGAGAAUGUGCCGAUAUGUCAAAAUAUCUACUGAAACUGAAGACACUGAAGGAUCCCUACAUUGCUGUAAGGACCAAAAUAUUAAUGGGAAUGGCCCAAAUGGUAUACAUGAAGAAGGCUCACCAAGUGAAAUGGAAACUGAUGAGCCAGAUGAUGAAUCAAGUCAAGAUCAAGAACUUCCCUCUGAGAAUGAAAAUAGUCAGUCUGAAGAUUCAGUUGGAGGAGAUAAUGAUUCUGAAAAUGGAUUAUGUACCGAAGAAACUUGCAAAGGUCAACUCACGGGACACAAAAAACGAUUGUUUACAUUCCAGUUUAACAACUUAGGCAAUACUGAUACCAACUACAUCAAAGACGAUACUAGGCAUAUAAGAUUUGAUGAUAGGCAGCUUAGGCUAGAUGAAAGAUCUUUUCUUGCUUUGGAUUGGGAUCCUGAUUUGAAAAAAAGAUAUUUUGAUGAAAAUGCCGCUGAGGAUUUUGAAAAACAUGAAAGUGUGGAAUAUAAACCGCCUAAAAAACCCUUUGUGAAAUUAAAAGAUUGUAUUGAGCUUUUUACAACAAAAGAAAAGCUAGGUGCUGAAGAUCCCUGGUAUUGCCCAAAUUGUAAAGAACAUCAGCAAGCCACAAAGAAAUUGGAUUUAUGGUCCCUGCCUCCAGUACUUGUGGUACAUCUCAAGCGAUUUUCUUAUAGUCGAUACAUGAGAGACAAGUUGGAUACCUUAGUUGAUUUUCCUAUCACUGACUUGGAUAUGUCGGAAUUCCUAAUUAAUCCAAAUGCAGGUCCUUGCCGCUAUAAUUUGAUUGCUGUUUCCAACCACUAUGGAGGGAUGGGAGGAGGACACUAUACUGCUUUUGCAAAAAAUAAAGAUGAUGGAAAAUGGUACUACUUUGAUGACAGUAGUGUCUCAACUGCAUCUGAAGACCAGAUUGUGUCCAAAGCAGCAUACGUACUCUUCUACCAGAGGCAAGACACUUUCAGUGGAACUGGCUUUUUCCCUCUUGACCGAGAAACUAAAGGUGCUUCAGCUGCCGCAGGCAUCCCGUUAGAAAGUGAUGAAGAUAGCAAUGAUAAUGACAAUGAUAUAGAAAACGAAAAUUGUAUGCACACUAACUAAUGAAAGUCCUAGAAGCCAUAAAAGAGAGACUUUCUUGCUGGUGGUAUCAAUUGAAAUGAAGUUAUCCACCACAUUAAACAAACGUCUGAGAUGGGGAGUUUCAGAUAACUGAAUGUAAAUCCUUUAUCAGAUUUUAACUUGUGCAGUACUUGAAGUGAAACACAAUGAAAACUUUAACAGAAAUUGUCUCUUAAUACAUUUACAGUCUUGUAUUUACAAGCUAAAUAUAUAUAGGAAAUCACAAAUAAAUCCCUUUUAAGUUUGCUGCUGUUUUGAUGAA